AUGGAACAUCCAAAAAAAAGCCAGUCUUGUGAACUCUACCCAUCUAAGAAGGAAAUACAUAAUUACCAUGGAGUGGUUCAUUCUGUCAUUUCUUAUGGCAAAGAAGAUGAUCAGCAAUUAAAUGGAACUCUUAGUUUAAUCCAGGAGAGUGAAAAAGUUGUAAUAGAAUGGAGACCUAAUGAUGUCUCAAUUGAUACAGAAUGCCAGGAAGAUACAGAAUGGGCACUAGUUAAUACUAACACACGUACCAGAACAUCUAGUGGGUCCGUUGAUGGAGCACUAUCCAAGCUUCAUGUGAACAUUAUGUUAAAUGAUGUGAAAACCAUUAAAGUUUCUAAUAAGAAAAAUAAACUCACAUUCACUUUGAAAGAUAAUAAACAAAAGGUGUUCUUUUUUCAUUUUGGAAAUGUAAACCAAUUUUUUGAAGAACUGCGCACUACUGUAACUUUAAAAAGAUCGCACCAUGAUUCUAAUUUAUAUUUUGUACAUGAUAAGAAUGCAAUCGUGCAGUCAUUUUCUGAUUUAACGUUGGUUGAUAGAGGAGGAGAUACAGUUUGGAAUUUAGUCGGUGAUCUCAAAAGGAGACCAUACGAAACGACACUAUCUACAUUUUCAAAACUUACUGAAUUGUUACUUUAUAGAAACCCUGAAGCUAGGCCCGAAGGAGCGAUGGUGGAGAUUCUUUCAUCAUUGUCAUCAACUGACGGUUGUCCUGAAGUAGAUGAUAGCUACCAUUUUAUCUGUCCAGUAUUGGGUCCGAGGAAGCUAGAACCAAGAGGAAUCCCUCUUUCACAAGAUCAUUGGGAAACAGCCAAAGACACUGAAGGGAAGAUAAUUAAUCCAGAUCACAUCAAACAGAUUAUUUUCAAAGGAGGAAUAACUCCUAGCUUGCGACCUGAGCUGUGGAAAUAUUUGCUAUGCCUAUACCCGUGGAAUUCUACUAAAAAAGAGAGAGAAGAUAUUUUAAAUGAGAAAACCGAAGAAUACAAACGAAUGAGGGCACAGUGGUCGACAAUGUCUGCCGAUCAAGAGUCACGAUUUACUUUCUUCCGAGACAAAAAAAGUCUAGUCGAAAAAGAUGUCAAUAGAACAGACAGAACUAUGCCAUUUUAUGCAGGUGCAAACAACCCAAAUCUCGAACUGCUCUCUGAUAUACUUAUGACUUAUAUAAUGUAUAAUUUUGAUUUGGGCUAUGUUCAAGGAAUGAGCGAUUUGCUUUCUCCUAUUUUGGCUGUUUUAGGCAAUGAAGUUGAGGCAUUCUGGUGUUUCGUAGGCUUUAUGAACAUAAUGUAUCAUAAUUUUGAUGAAGAUCAAUCAGGAAUGAAAAAGCAGCUAAGUCAGCUUCAUACACUAUUGACUGCAGUGGCACCAGAUCUAGCAACUUAUCUAGAUAGUCAUGACUCAGGUAGCAUGUGUUUCUGUUUUCGUUGGCUGCUUGUUUGGUUUAAAAGAGAAUUUCCCUUGGAAGAUGUCAAUGUUUUAUGGGAAGUCUUAUGGACUGGUCUUCCCUGCACCAAUUUCCACUUACUUAUUUGUGUAGCUAUUUUGGAAAAAGAAAAAAAUAAGCUCAUGAGUGCUGGUAAUGGACUAAGCGAAGUAUUGAAGCAUGUCAAUGAUUUAUCUUAUAAUAUGGAUUUAAAUGAUAUUCUGAUGAGAGCAACUGGUAUUUAUAAUCAACUUGAUCAAUCCUCAAAUUUAACGGCCUCAACCCAAAGAGUUCUCGGACUUGCUCAUGAUCUGAUAUCUGUCCAACAGAGUCAAAGCGAACCUGAAGAAAUUGUUGGAGAAGAAAAAAUAGAUGUUAGUAUGGAAAAUGGUUAUGAAAAGAGUAUAGAAUAUAAUUAUUUUUGA